AUGGGAUUUUGUCGGUCAGAGGAGGAAUCUGUCGAACACAUUGAAUGUCGUUUUGUUAACAGUGUUUGGGAUAAGUUAGACAGUACUUUCCAUGCUCGUCUCAAUAAGGAUAGCAUUCGUCAUCAGUUUGACUCUACUUUCAAGGUAAGGAUGAGUAAACAGGUGAAAAGUUUAUGGAUCGCAGAAGUAAUCCCAGUUUUCUGGCUUAUUUCGAAGAAGCGUAAUCAGAUUAUUUGCGAUGAUGCAUCUUUUUGGCUACAACAAGUCCUUCUGCUCCUUUGGCAUUGUAUUCAAGAAGCAGAUAAUCUUGAUUCUGGGACUAUGGAAACCACUGUUACUGAUUUAAUGAUUCUCAAAACUUUCAAUGUUCCAAAUAGAGUCUCUAAGGCGCCUCAAAUUGUUGAAGUGCAAUGGUCUCUUCCCAUUCUUGGUUGGAUUAAAAUUAAUACUGAUGGUGCUGCGAAUGAAUCGCCAGGGCUUGCGGGUUGUGGUGAUAUUUUCAAAACUUAUUGGGGCUUUUGUAAGGGGUGCUUUGCCAAGCCUCUGGGCAUUUUAUAUGCUUAUGAAGCUGAGCUGACAAGGUGUUUAGCUAGGUGGAAGCGGGAUAUUCAAUUUCUCAAUAGCAAGAUGUACUGUGUUUCUCAUAUCUUCAGGGAAGGGAAUCAUGUGGCAGACAGGCUUGCUACUAAUGCUGUUCGCUUUGAAGAUGAAACAUGGUGGGUUACAGUUCCAGGUUUCUGCAUGGCGGGUAUGGCUAAAGACAUGGUCGAUUUUUCCACGUAUCGUUUUUAUGAUUAG